CGCGCGAUGGCGGGCGUCGGCGACAUGCUGGCGAUCUCGUCCCUCCUCGGAGGCGGCGACCGCGACGACGACGAGCGCGCGUCGUCCUCCGCCGCCGCGACCGGCGCGUCCAACUCCAACCCCGCCGCGAUCUACGUCGGGAAGGACGACGGCGUGCCCGUCCCCGCGGUCAAGCGCGGGGGGAUUCGCGCGCGAGCGGAUCCGAAGGCGGUGUGGGACGCGUCCGAGCUCGAGGACGACUUCGACUUCGACGACGACGACGACGACGACGGCGGCGGCGGCGACGGCGACGGCAGCUUCGCUCUGAAGACGCCCAAAUACGAGUUCCUGUACAAGCAGGCCGUGAGCACCGCGGACGCGUUCCUAGGCAUGGCGCACAACAAAGACCCGGGGACGCGAAGCUGCGAGGACGUCGUGAUGAAGAUGUACCUCCCGGGCACGACGGCGAUGCGCGACCUGGACCUGGACGUGCAGAAGGACAGGCUAAGGCUGAGGAGCGCGCUGUACAAGCUGUCCGUGUACUUGCCGCACGUCGUGGACCCGGACGCGGGGAAGGCGGAGUGGGACGCGGCGAGGGAGUGUCUGAAGGUGACGAUGCCGAUCGCGGAGGAGGACGGCGAAUGGUGACAGAUGGGUUUGGAUUUCACGCGGCUCGGCUCGGCGACGACGCGAAGACCAGAAAACAUGAUUUAACGCGCUGUGAACGAACGGGCGUUACAUACCAGCGAUAGGAUGUAGUUAAGUUAAGGUAUCCUUGAUGAUGAUGA